AUGUUGUCUACCAUUCGGAACAUUUUUGCCCUCGUGGCGCUGAUGGUUUUGGCUUCGCCAGCCACUGCGUUACCCAAUAUCAGAGUCUUGCCUUUGGGUGACUCUAUCACAAAAGGAACAGGCUCAACAGGCAUUGUUGGAUAUCGCCUACCGUUGCGACAAAAGAUUCUUGCACAAGGUGUCAAGGUCAAUAUGGUUGGCACUUUGAAGAAUGGGAACAUGGUCGAUGCACACCACGAAGGCCACAGCGGCAAGCUUCUAUCAGACAUCAACGGGUACUGGCAAACCCCCAUGAAAGCCAAACCCAACGUCGUCCUCAUCCACGCCGGUACAAACAACAUGGACCGAGGAAUUGACCUCGACAUCGCAGACAAGAUCAUGGCCGAUAUUGUCGACGGCAUCUUCAAACUCUCUUCAGACGUAACCAUUCUACUUGCACCAGUAAUUUGGGCCGAUGAUGCGAAAAUGCAAGCCAACACCAACAAAUUCAAUCCCAAAAUCCGAGCACUCAUCGCCGCGCGACAAAAGUCCGGCAAGAAGAUUCUGGAGGUUCCAAUUGAUAUCAAGAAAGCUGAUCUGGCUGACUCGAAGCAUCCCAAUGAUGAUGGUUAUGAUAAGAUGGCUGAUGCUUGGUUGAAGGGGAUUCUUGCUGCUGAUAAGAGGGGUUGGUUGAAGAUGCCUACUCCCAUGAAGGAGAGCGAUGCGCCUGGAACUGGAUUGGGUGCGUGA